CAUGUUUCAAUUCAUGAUCGAUUUUCAGCUGUUCAAUCUCAAGAACUAAUUCUCCUCCUGCAUAAUUUCAACAAGAAAGACCUCAAUUUUCCACCUUAUACUUCCCAACUUCUGGUUCUACCCUGCAGUUUUCAUCAAAUGAAGCCUUCUUCUGUAAUUUUCCUUCUGCUUUUUUCUCUCUUUCUCACCCAGGCUCGAGGAAUUCGCUUGGAGAAAGGGUCUUUUGCAGCUCACCAACAUAAACAACACGAUGAAGAAAGCAAUCUGUUGAAAGGAAUUAACAGUGCUGCCAAGAAGGAUGCUACUCUCUGCGAAGAUGAACAGUAUUGCGCAGGAAAAAGAAAGGGUAGGAAACUUGUUACUUCAUCAAUUUCCACAAACCAAGAUAUUUCAAAGAAUGUGAAGAAUGAAGGGAAUGAAACUGAGGCCACAGAAAACGACAGCAGUAGAAAUUAUAAAGUGAAAUGGGAAGGAAAGGAAAUAUUUGUAAAUAAGCAAGAAGAGAUUUCUGAUGAGAACUAUAUGGAGUUUGUGGACAUUGUUGGCAUGGACUAUUCUCCAGCAAAGAAGAACCCUCCCAUACACAACUAACUCUUGGGAUGAUCAACAAGAAAAAUGCUGCAGUAUUUUAGGUCUAAGAAUGAUUUGUAAAUUUUGUUAUUGUCUGUGUUUUAUGUCCUUUGAUACUAUUUUAUGAGGGUCGGAGCAUGAAAAGAAUGCUUGUUGUUCCUUGUUUGAGAUCUAAUAUUGCAUAAAUUACACUC